AUGGCCGAGCGCAACGAGCCAGAGCAGUUGUUGGCGCCCGAUGGCGAUGGACUAUAUGCGGAUAUCCCACCUCGAGCAGGUGGAUGGGCCGAGUGGAUCGAGAAGCUUGAGUGGACUAAGGCCAGGGAGGAAAAUGAGCUUAGAACUGCUUUUCUCAUCUUCUUGAGCGAAAUGAAACUUGUGCGGGAGCCUAUGUGGCGUCAUCGAGGUAACCAGUACGACACGUCGAUCGACGAUCUCAUCGAACACAUUUACCGCAUUGAGGCUUGUCGGAUGCAGAUUUCCGGAACGCUCGCGCCCAUCCUAUGCCUAUGCUGCGCUCGGGGAUAUAGACAAUUUGCUCACUGUGCAAUGGUUCAAGAUUUCCCGAAGUCACCCACUGCGCAAAUCGUCACUGGGAUAACAACGGACGUCGUUGAGAGUGGCGCCCAGAUCAGCUUGUUGCACCAGCUCCUAUCCAGCUGA